AUGAAGCGCACCAACGUGAAAAUGAAAUCUGAGUUUAAUAAACAACAGCACCAGCAGAUAAACAUCGAACAAUUUCAAAUCAAGACAUCAAUAAAUGAAAUAAUCCAAAAUCAGCAGCAGCAGCAGAGGGGGUGGGGGGUGGCUCGCUGGUGCUGGAGGAUUGUGAGACGGAGAAAGGGAGCAGUGAGGGAGAGCCAGUGUACCUGGAGUGUGUGCCGGAAGAAGAAGAUGAUCACGUGGUUAUCAGGUGGUACAAGAACCAACAGCCCAUCAACCAACAGUGGCUUCUACAGAACACAAGGCACGUUUCCAACUCGUUUCAUUAUAACUCAACGCAUUAUUUAUACGUGUUUUUACGUCAUAUACAAGCUGCAAAACUUCGAGUUGCUAAUCGAGAAGAGCACGUUGCAGGACGCCGGCAUCUUCACGUGCAUCCUCUCCAACAACUCCACCUCCGUCUCAAGAAACUUUUCCGUCUCCAUCCAAAGUUAG